UCCUAAACUAAGUAAAGGCUGACAAGUAUGCUCCUUCCUCUCCAGAGAUACAAGAGAGAAGAGAAGAGUGACUUUUAUGGGCAUAAAUAGUCCACCAUGUUUAACCAUGAUGAUCACUUAUAGUCUAUACCGUAGCAUACCCACUUGCACUCGCAGCUAGCAGCUAGCAGCACCGCUCAAUUCGUACAGUUCUCUCAACUAGUAUAAAUAAGAGAGGAGGAUGACAAGCCCCAACUGGAUUUGAUUUCUAUCCUUAAUUCCCUGUUAGUCUUUUCUAGUUUAUGGCAAUUGCAGCAACCAUGAGCCACAACGAUGAAAACAACAACAGCAACGACAACACCAACAACAAAGAUGAUGAUGAUGAUCAUGAGCAUGACAUGGUUAUGCCUGGCUUUCGUUUCCGUCCUACCGAAGAAGAACUCAUUGAGUUCUACCUUCGCCGUAAGGUUGAGGGCAAACAUUUCAAUGUCGAGCUCAUUACUUUCUUGGAUCUUUAUAGCUAUGACCCUUGGGAACUUCCUGCUUUGGCUGCAAUUGGAGAGAAAGAAUGGUUCUUCUAUGUCCCUAGAGACAGGAAAUAUCGAAACGGGGAUCGUCCCAAUCGUGUGACCACUUCAGGCUACUGGAAGGCAACAGGAGCUGACCGGAUGAUCCGAGCUGAGAAUUCAAGAUCAAUUGGUUUAAAGAAAACCCUAGUUUUCUACUCCGGGAAAGCUCCUAAGGGUAUCCGAACUAGUUGGAUCAUGAAUGAAUAUCGGUUGCCACAGCAUGAAACUGAGCGAUACCAAAAGGCUGAGAUAUCACUUUGUUGCGUCUACAAGAGAGCUGGGAUAGAAGAUCACCCAUCUCUCCCUCGUUCGAUUCCAUCACGGGCAUCCUCAUCGAGGGGGACUCAAUCUGACAAGAAACACCAGAGUCAUGUUACGGUGAAAGGAUUUCAACCUUUCUUGGGACAAUCAUCACAGCAAAUUGAAAUGGAGAAGAUGAGUGAAACAGAUGCAAGCGGUAGCUCAGAUGUCACAACAGCUCUUGGACUCUCCCAGCAUAACAUCAAUGCAUACCAUCCAAUUAGUACCUCAAUUGAACUGCCGGCUUCAGUAGAAGAAGGAAUGUUUCUAAACCAGACCAAGCAAGCUGCCAGCAGCUUUUUAGUCCCCAACUGCCCUAACCUCUUCACUGUCACAUCUUCAGUGUCGUCGAAUCCAGUCUAUGAUGAUCUUCAUAGACUAAUUAACUACCAACAAGCUGACAUUGGUCAGCAGCAGCAGCAGCAAUUUUAUCUUCUUCAACAACACCAACCCUCACCGCUCUCUAGUAUGGCACCACAAUCGCAGUCACUGCCUUUCAACAUGCUACCAAACUUGCUACCAACCACCUUUCCAGACAGGAUAUGGGAUUGGAAUCAAAUGCCAGAAUCAAACAGAGACUACAAUAAUCCAUUUAAGUAACUAAUGGACUGCACAUAUAUAGGUAGGUUAUACUUGAUGUUGUUCGUAAUAUAUCCACAUAUAAUCUACUCCUAAUGCCAUUAGUUUGCUAUUAUGACUUAUACAAAUUAAUGUAUAUUAGGGUUUGAUUACUAGUCUACGUAAUUUCCAUUCCUUGUAAUGAAUAUUGUUUAGCCUACAAAUUAAGUUUGUGUCUAGAGAUUAAUAUUUUGGCGGCUUUCAAA